CUCCGCCCGUGCGGCCGCGGGGCUGGGGCAGCGGCGCCGAGGAACCGCCGGGACCCAGGCCUUGCACUCUGGAUUUGUCAGCCUUGCAGGCUUCUGGACACAUCUCUUCUCAGCCAUGGGGAGAUCAGUAGGAUUUAACAUCUCUGUGGUCACCUGCAGCAUCCUGCUCUUGUCCUCCAGCCUGCCAUGCCUUGCAUCUCAGCCCCUGGAGGAGGGGGACACGACCAAGGUGCAGCAUGGCCCCUGGGCAGGGAAUGGGCUGGAAGAUGAAAGGACUGGCAUGGUGGACUUGAAAAAUACCUUGGGCCCUUCUGAGCAGACAGUUUCUGAAGAGCCAUGUGGAGUGUCAGCAGAGCCGUCUGGGACACCCUUGAAUGAAGCUUUCACUGCAGAAGAAAUGCUCCCUGUGAGGCCCAGCCAUGUCAGCCCCAGUACCCAAGGCCUGGGUGACCACACCUCUGCUGGGGCAGUGGCUGCUGUGAGUGGGGAAGAGCUUGGUCCCACGAAGUCAGAGCUGGAUGAGGAUGAUGCUCUCAAGGCCAUGCUGACCACAGCUGUGACCACACUGAGCCCCCCUGGCCAGGAGGAGUCUGUGGGUGGCCCCAUCAGCGAGGUCACCACAGAGGGUGGUGUGGCAGAAGAGCACAGCUCUGCCAGCCCCUCAGCAAAGCCCCCCCUUCCUGGGACAACUGUGGAGGAGCAGGAGGGGACAGAGAGCAGCUCACACCCCUCAGCUGUGCCCCAGCCCACGCUGACCCCCAGCUCUCCCAGCUGGGAAACAGCGGGUGACCACCUUGUUAUCCCAACUCCCCAGGCUCCUGGUGUGACCCCUGAGGUGGGAAUGCUGAGACCUCACACGGGGAGCCCUCUGAAAUCCCUGGCUCCACCAGUGUCUGUGGCUGCCGAACGUCCCCUCGUGGUGACUGAGGCCUCCCUUCCCCCAGAAGCAGGGACAGGGGUCACACAAGGAGAGCUGCCCACCACAGCUGGCACUGUUACCAUCCACCCUGCAGACACUGUGCCACCUGACUGGGAUGACACAAAGCUGGGGGACAUCAGUCAAGGGGGAAGCAUGUCUCAUGAGGAGGUGACAGAGGACCUGGUAACGACAAAACCAUCCCAGACCCCACAGGGAGGUGUGGGGGAGGAAGAGGAUGCAACAAGAGCACUGCCAUCCCCAGUGUCCCCUCCACCAGAGCCUGAGCUUGCUGAGGAGACCAACUGCACAGUACCAGCACAAGGAGAGGAGCUGCCAGCAACUUCCACAGGCAGCAGUGGUGCUUCCCACACUGGGAAUGUGACGGAUGGAGACACAGCUGAUCUGGACUCACUGGAAAACGCAAGUGCAGUCACAGCAGAGGAGGAGAAAAGCAUUCUGCCAUCACAGUCAGAGGCUGCUGUGGGGACAGAGACUCAGCCUGAGCUCUCCCCUACUCUGGAAAGUUCAUGGGAAGGUGUUGCUCAGGAGGUGACAACAGUUGCCCAGGAGGCUGAUGCUGGUCUAUCAGUUGUGGCAGUGGUGCCUGGUGCUACCCAGGGAACAGGAGCUGCAAGCUUUCCCCAGGAGAACAGUGGGGAAGACACCCAGAUGCUGACUGCUCCCAGUGCCACCGAGGUGCUGGUGGCAACUGGUGCUUCCUCCACGGUGAACGCUCUGGAUGUUGAAGAUCUCACGGAGGGGAUCGUGGUCACCAGUGAGAAGGCUGUCCCAGCUCCUGGUGGGAUGCCUUCUACCCCAUCUGGACAGACAGAGGAGCCAUCCAGCAGAACUGUGGUCCUGGUCACUCCAGCAUCCAUGGCCUCUUCUGCCAGGAGAACAGCCCUUCCCUCCGUGCGGAGGAUCAGCACGGCCGUGACCUACGGGCUGGACCGCCUGGAGUCAGAAGAGGGUGAAGAAGAGGAGGAGGAAGAAGAAGAGGAGGAGGAAGAAGAAGAGGAGGAAGAGGAAGAUGAGGAGGACAAAGACCUAGAUCUGAUGGAUGAAAGCAUGGAGGGUGACACGGAGCUGCCUGGUUUCACACUUCCAGGGGAGACCUCCCAGGAUCCCAUAGCUGGCCUGGAAAACCCUGUGGCCCAGCUGGCUGGGGUGUCCUACCAGGUUCCUGACACCAUUGAGUGGGAGCAGCAGAACCAGGGUCUGGUGAGAAGCUGGAUGGAGAAGCUGAAAGAUAAGGCAGGGUACAUGUCGGGGAUGCUGGUUCCCGUGGGAGUGGGAAUAGCAGGAGCCCUGUUUAUCCUGGGAGCGCUCUACAGCAUCAAGAUUAUGAACCGCCGAAGGAGAAAUGGCUCGAAGAGACAUAAAAGAAAGCAGAGGGAGUUUAACAGCAUGCAGGACCGAGUCAUGCUCUUGGCUGACAGCUCCGAAGACGAAUUUUGAACCGGACUGCGGUGCCCUUGUGACUUUUCCGAGGAGGGAGGGAGAGGGAGAAGAAGAACAAGUGACUCUGUGCUGCAUCCCUGCUCUCUCCACCACCCCAGGGCCCCAGCAGGGCUCAGUGCCCUGGCCAAGGCAUGCUACGCUCUUCGUGUCCCACCAGUGAUGUUUGUUUGAUACAAUAGUGGAGAUUUCACAUUUCAGAUCCACAGCGCGUCUUGUUACAGCUGGAGCUGAUCCAUAUGGAUGAUUAUUUUCCUAUCACCCUGGUGUACUGUUUUGGUCCUGGCUGGCAGUAAUCUAAUCAUAACAAUAGCUCUCACCUAACCCGGGAAUGGAAAUCUUUACUGUGAAUGACUGCUGUCCAAUUAAUUUUAAAUGUUACAUUACCUGAGCUAGAGUUCAUUAGUGCUAAGAUUAGCUGCUCUGCUUAAUUAAUGAGUUGUACACCUGAACUGUGUCCCUGGCCACCUGAGAAGUGCCCACGUUCAGUGUUCUUGAUUCAGUUUGAAGCACAUUUCUGCACUUGGGUGCCCGACUCUCACCCCUGCUCUCUCCCUUCAGCUCUGCUCCACACUGCUUGGAGACACACGGGAAUGGCCUCAGCACUUGAUUGCACCACAAAAAUCCUGUCCAUUUUCAACCAGCACUGUCUGUUACAGCACAAUAAAUACCAGCGCUCGCCUACUGAUGGGUGGUCUUGCAUGGAUCUCUCAGCUCUUGGUCAGUGUAGGUCAGAGAACAGGCAGAUCAGAGGCUUCCUCAGCUCCUGCCUCCUGUUUGAAGGACGCUAGUUAGUGGUUCAUCUCUUUCCAAGGCUGCUUUCCCAUAGAGAUGAAAGUGGAGCAUCUGUCCUGCUGGAAAUUGCAUUUUCAGCCCCUGAAAGCUGCACGAACAGCAGCACCUUUGGGGGAUUUGGAUGGGUCUUGUCUUAUAGAAUCACAGAUUGGUUUGGGUUGGAAGGGACCUUCAAGACCAUCUCAUUCCACCCCCCUGCCAUGGGCCACUAGCCCAGGUUGCUCCAAGUCCUGUCCAACCUGGUCUGGAAGACUUCCAGGGAUGGGGCAGCCACAGCUUCUCUGGGCAACUCGUCUCCAGACCACGGAGUAAGUACAGAAAGGCACUCAAGGUUGUAGAGCAGGUGACUGUCAGUGUUGAGGGAUUCAUGGCUGAGAUUGGGAAAGCAGCCACAGCUGGAGAGAUGUUUGCUGCAGGGGUGUGAAAUGGCCCCACUGGAAACCUUUGGCCAUGGUGGGGGAAGGUAGAGCUGUAGGACAGGUGGAUUCAGGGGUCGUGGCGGUGAAGCCAAGGGUGGCACAGAGUGAGGGCAAGCUGCUGUGCUGCCUGGGUUAGCCCUGGGUUACAGGGGGAGAAACAGCCACUGUCUGAGAUGUCACAGGCACCAGACAGGGGAGGCUGAUGUUACUUUGCACAGAAACGCUGUCAAAAUAGCCAGAAAAGGGGCUGCGUUACUUUAUCUCUGCUUCUGGUUAUGGAAUUACUUCAAUCUGACAUUUUGUGCAAAGCAUCCAUGUUUCUGAGGUGGAAAUCACUGUUUUGUGGGGAAUCAUCCUUCAUGCAAGGAACAGUGUUGCCAGAGGAGACCUGAUCAGAGAAAUAAGGGCAGACCACACAUCUGUGAGAUUAAAUCCCACUGAGCCUUUGAAGAAGUGGAGGGAGGAGAGUUUGAGGAGGGGCAGGUGCAGGAUGUCAUUCCUUGUGAAGGUGGAAAGAUGGUAAAAGGUAGAUGUUGAUGAUGGGAAGCAAAUGCCUUGUGGGAGUGUGAGUGGGUAGAGAGGACAUUCAGAAGCCCCUCCUCAAACUGAGGUCUCUUUGAGGAAGUCAGGACCUCCUCUGGACAUUAAGUCACCAGAUGUGAUGUUCAGCUCUGAACAAUCUAUGCUCUUCAGAGCCCAGGUAUUUUCCUGUGAGCCUUACCUCUACACCUACUGAGUCAUCUCCCAUCUGGAGAAGGACAGGUGAGACAACCUGCUUUCAAAAUGCUGCUAAUGCAAGUCUUCCAGUCAAACAGCUGUGUGUGGUCCCUCACACAUUCAUCCCACCAAGUUUAUGGGAAGCAGGUUGGGGAGACUGGUCCAUCAACAUGUUGGGGAGGGUCUUCAUACCCUAGUCCCUCUAGGUCAGGCUUUCCCAGACAGGGAAAUCUCACAGUGCAUCACUCCCUUCUUGUUCCUGAAACUUUAACGAGGAAAAUCUUGCCCUGCUAAAAUCAGCCCCACAUCUUUAACAGGCACUGAGGGGCAAUCCACCAAGUCCAGGUGCCCCUACACAAAAUUAAAGCCUCUUUCUCCCGUAAUAAGCAAUCACUCCAAGUUAAGAUGAAGUUUUCCUUCCAGACUCAUCUGUCCCUAUUUCCUUCUCAUUCCUAAGUCUCUUGGAGGUGCUCAGGAAGUGUUAACAGUCCAGGUGAGCAUUGCUGACUGUCUUGCAGCAUUGGAAAUCAGGAAAUAUUGUCCCUUGGGCUCUUUGGUGAUUUAUUGCUGGCAAGGUAUGAUGGGGGUUGCAAAGUGAAAUGACUUCUCCCUUCCAGGUUGCUGGAGAUCAUCUUCAGAAAGGCUUGGUUUUCAGGAACAGUGUCAGGCAGGCUGGAAAUGAGACUCAGGCAGCUGCCUGAGGUGUUCUUGAAGUUCUUUACCCUGGUCCAGCUUGGAAGGCACGAGGAAUCAGCAGUGAUAAAGGGCCUUGGCCUCUGCAAGAGGGGGCCUGUCUUGGAGCAUCAGUUGUGUUAAGUACUCAGUAAAAUGCAGAGCUGCUGGGCCUGUCAGGAGAAGGAGGAGGGAUGGCUGAGCAAAGCUGCAGGCUGCUGGUUUAAGUACCCCAGCUCUGGCAGCACAGGAGGAUCUUUAUGGAUGGGUUGUCAGUUUGAUGGAUUGGGAAGGCAGGUGGGGAGGUGCCAUGGCCUCUGGUUGUGCUAACAAAUCCACAGUUUGGGAAACACUGGCUUUCUGCAGCGGCAAUCAGUCUCCCUGUCUUUCUUCUCCCACCCCAACAUAAUGAACUUAAGGAGUUAAAGGCAAGGCUGUCAGUCAGAAUGACAAAGGUGGGGUUUUACUGCACCAGCUGGGUGCCCUGGUGUCCUCAGAACCAGGCUUCCCUCAGAGGGGACAAGGCAAGGCUGGGUGGGAUGCUGGAAAUCAGCAGUGCCACAAGUGGGGCUGACAAUUAGUUGUGAGUGGAUAUAUGGAAGGUAUAGUGGGACAGCCUGGGCAAGCAGGAGAGUGGCAGCUGAAAUGGAGAUCCAGCUGUGUGCACAGUUCAGUGUGGGCUCUCUGAUCUGUGCUGGAGACAGAGUUAGCAACUAGAAGGGUUUUGCUGGUGGUCCAUCCUCACUGCCAGGCCUGUCUCUGACUCUGAACACCAACCAAGGAGUCUUGACUGGGAGCUGACUACUGUUGGCCAAAUUUCUGACCCACUCAGCAGUGCAGAGAUCCCAGCUGAUGUCCAUUUGGAGAGGAGGUGUCUGUUGAGUAGUUGGUUUUGGUCAGGUACCAGGCUUUCCAUGUCUUUGGCUUAACCUGGAAGCAAGUUGGACAGUAGAACCAGCCUUGGAUCCCAGGGAAGCUUGCGGGAGCCUUUGGAGCACAGACAGGGUUUCCUGCAGUGCCCCCGGCAUCAGUGCAGUUUGUGAAAGUCCUGAAAGCACAAGCAUCAUUCAGCUCCUUCCCUUCUCAUCCAAGGCCAGUAGACUUUGGACUGGGCUCUUAAAAUUAUUCUCUAUACAACUUCUGGAGUUUAAUUCAUUUCUUUGAACAAAGAUGGGAGGAGGGAGGGGAGGAGGGGUUAAGGUGGGAGCUGAAGCUCCAGUGGCUUAACGCUCUGCUGAUUUAAUCUGUACCUCUGCGUUGCCAAACAAGCAGAUUCUUUUGAGAGAGACAGGACAGGAAAAGCAGCCAAGAAGGAUCCUCCUCAUCCUCUGUGCUGGGUGAACUGCAAGCCUCUGAGUGCUGAGGUGACCCUGGCACAGCUGUGAUGGCGACUUCACUGCAGCAAUAGAAAUCCCUCGACUGACACAGGACAAGUCACUCACCUCUGUUUUGCAUUUUCCUGAUAGCACAAGCCAGAAUUUAUUGAAGGCAUCACACAACAGCAUCUCCAGCCCCAUUUCUGACAGGAGGAACCAGCCUGGUGUGCAGCUCUUGCCCUGAUGAAAUGCACCUCUUCUAUACAGCUGCUGAUUUUUAAAGGUGUCUCUAAGGCCAGAUGUUCCCCCUGGUGAGGUUUCUCUGGACUGCACUGCUUCCAUAGAGUGAUGUUAGCAGUCCUCAUGCUUCCUCGUGGUUUUUUUUCUAUUUUGGACAGGAACAACUCCUCAUACUGUAACUAUGGAAUGUAGCACUUUGUUAAAUGAAAACAUUGGGAAAUAAAAAGCUGUCCAUCAUAGCUCACUCUGA